UGGGGCGCGUGCAGCUUUAACUGUACGGCCGGGUGGAUGUCCACGCGUUACGCACACCCAGCAGGCAGGUCUCACAUCCUGGCACUUUCUCGUUGUCAAGGCAGCGCUAGAAAGGAAGGCUGGCUGGGGAAGUUGCUGCAGUGUCCUGACAGUAAAAAAAAAUGUCCACACGUUCCAAAGUGUCCUGCAAAGUUAGAUUUAACUACCCAGCUUUGAAAAUCUAACACUUCAGGAGGCUUUCAGUGGAAAACACUUGAAAGAUAACAAAAGCUAUGGGAAAGAAUACUUUAUCAUCAUUGCUUAUCCAUACAAAUCAGGAUGACAACUUGUGAGAAAAAUAAGAGAACAAGCCUGAAAUGGGAAACAGCUAUGUUGUACGGAUUCAUUUACUUUUUGCUAAUAAUUCAGUGAUGUCUUGAAUUGUUACAAAUAAGUAAGUCACUUUAAAUGAUCAUCUAAAAUUUUUGCAUGGUUUGGAAUAAUUUGUAAAAGACACAGGAUUACAUAGAAGAUGCAGUGCCUUCAGGAUCAGGAAGGCUUGGCUUAUGAGAAGGAUCACGGAUGCUGUUCUGCCAUCCAGUUUGAUGAUGAAAUUUUAGCGAAGAAACGUGAAUAUUGGCGGAUGAAAAAGAGGGAGCAACGGGCAAAGCUGGCUGCUGCUAAGAGAAGUUCAUGUAAAGUUGGAGAUGAGACAAGGACAAGUAAAAACAUUUUGUCUAGUAUCAAUGCUGAACAAUAUGUGAACUCUUCAUUUUGCAGUUUUGUUGAAGAUGAUGAUAGUGUGAUGAUUAUAACUUCCCAGGUAGCUAGCAGUUCACAGACUUCAGUGUUAGAUGCAAAUAAUUGCUUGCUGAAUGUAGAUGGCUCGUACUCUGAUGCAGAUGUUAAUCAAGAAUUUGACAAUGCAGUUAAAAAGUUUGGUUGCAUAAGCUAUCCCCUAAAUAGUACUGUAAAUACUGUAACUGAUGUUUACCCUUCCCAUACACAACAUUGCUUGAGGGAAGUCUCCAAUCCAGAAGCACAAAUAUCUACUAUUGAUUUGACAGCUUCCGAGACAGCUGAUCCUCUUGAAGAUGAUAAUCUUUAUGAUGGUCCUGAAAACACUGAUUCCAAUAAUCAGAACUGUGCUUUUAACAAUUUACACAAUUUUAAAGGCUCUGUUUCAGCUCUUCCAAGUAACACAUGCCCUCAAAGACCAAAUUCAGUUGAUAAAAACCCAUACCAAGCAAAUAAAAAUUCUGAACUCUUGGCAAAUAAACCCCACCAGGAUCACUUAUCUGACAAAGAUGUUUUUAAGUCGUCUUCUGUUUGUACUGAAGAUUUAGUUUCAGAAUCCCAUUGUCCUGAUGAACAACGGGCAGCUGGUCAUCUCAACAUUUUGCCAUUUUCUCUUUCACAGCCAGCGUCCCUGUCAUCGGCAGUUUCUAAGGAGUCAUACAGAUGCAAAGAGGGGCUUUGCUUGCCUCAGCAGAAUCAAAGGUGGUUUCAGAGGUUAAAACUUAAUAAAGUCUUGCCACAUCCUAGCAACAAUAAAGGUUCAUCCCGGCUCAGUAUGAAAGGCAGUACAAAGAGAGAUUUGAAAUUACAGCGUAAUAUAAGCAAAAGUAAAAAUUGCCGUUGGAUGCCACAGGAGACUGGCAACUUUCAUUUAGGUGGAAAAGAACCCAUAGAAAUAAACUGUGUAAAGAAAAGUCAAAAUGUUACCUUCAGAGAUGAUUAUCCCAUAUCUCCUCAGUCAGUUGAAUCCAUUUUAGAUGAAUGUUGUGACACAGCUGUGUCCCAUUCAGAUACAAGAGAACAAAUCCCAAAUUCCAUUUACUCUACAACAGAAACAGAAGAUAAAGAUAUCAUUUUGAAUGAAAAUUCAUGUAGUACACAAUCCAUUCAUCUCACUGAUAUUGAUUCAGACAAGCAAAACUGCCAUAAAAAACUUCCUGUUCCGUUAAUGUUAACCACUAGAAUACAAAAACAAAAGCCAAGUUAUAUCCUUGAGGAAAAGAGCCCUAUUGCUGUCUCUAGGUAUAACUCUGCUGAUCAUUUUGCUCCUCAAAGACAGGUGGGGAGCUCUACAACCGCUGAAAAUAAAAAGCAUAAUGCACCUGGGAGACAAAAAAGAAACCGAUUUUUGAACUCAAGCAAUCUCUGUAUUCAAAAUGUUCUUGACUUGGAGGAGGAGAAGGCAGCCAAGCGUAGAGAAUACUGGCGUAUAAAGAAACGUGAACAAAGAGCCAAACUUACAGCUGAGGAUAAGGAAAGAAUUAAAAGGAGAGAUGCACAGUUGCAGAAGGCAAAACGCUUAUUAUCCAGAGUUGACAGCCAAACAAGUGAAAAAGUCAGCCAAGUUGCAUCUCCUAGGAGCCACAGAUAUAAUGGACGCAGGGAAAGAAUCUUUUCUCAGUCCUAUGCAGUUGUCAGUCAUGUUGACACAAUGCAGAGUCCAAUGGAACCUUCUCACGUUAUUUCACCAAAGCACUCGGUUAAAAAGAAUUUGUCCAGCUCCAGUUUACAGACAGAAGCGCAUCCAUUUUCUGCGGCUACAGACAAACUUAAGGAAGGAGAAAAAUUAGCUGGUAACUUUAAAUCUGAUAUUGUUAUGCCUUAUACUCCCUCUGGUGUGAACUCUUCUUGUUCUGAGAGAGAGGCAAGUAAUUUUACAGAAUCAUUACAAGGUAUAGUUGACCCAGUUAAGGAAUCAUUGUCUGGUGAAAGAAAGUCCAAAUUUUACAAAAGACCAGACAGUUUUAGAAGUAAUUUAUCUAAUGUAAGGAAAUCUAUCCCAUCCCAGAUGCAAAAAGUUUCAGUUUUCAAUCCCAGAUUUAAAGAUGGUAAUGCUGAUCGCUGGAAUACUUUUAGAUCCAGGAUUCACAAAAAGUUACUUGACACACAGCGACUAGGCUGGCAGGAAAACCGAAGAAGAAAAAUGGGUUCUGUCAACUAUAGAUCAGACCAGGCAAACCACUUUGAGAUAGGCAGGCAGAGUGUGCAAGCUCAGAUAGACAACGAGAAGAUGGCCAAACGCAGAGAGUAUUGGCGUCUAAAGAAACGUGAACAGAGAGCUAAGCUUACUUCUGAAGCAAAGACUAAAACGAAGGACAGAGCAUCACAGUCUCGAAGAGUGAAGAAGUUUCAGCCAAUGCAAGGAGAAAAGUGCAAUGAACUCAAUGAGGUUGUACAGGUACAUACUGCUGAGACCGUGGUUAUUCAGGAUGAUACCUGCGAAGCAAUUGGGGGCUUUAUUAAAGAAGAUGGCACGAUGAAUUCUGUUGGGGAUAUUUCUUUGCAUUCUUCAGCCUAUAGGUCUGCAGAAGUUAAUUCAAACACAUGGAGCAGUAACACUCUCAGAAUAAACAACUCAAGGAAGUCUUCAAAUUCCCUACAAACUCAAAAGUUUGCAUGUUUGCAAGAAAUGAAUGACUUGAUUAAUGGUGAUAAUUCAAGUAAUCAAAUAAGUUUCGAGUCUGUCACAACUAAAAGCCCUGCUCAUUUAUUGCCUUUACAUUCCUCUAAGUCAAAAUAUGCAUCUGUUGAUAAUUCUGUUGCUUCUCUUAACUCUCCAAAUGGUCUUGGCCACCGUGAGAAUGAAAGGAAUAGUAGAAGCCGCCAAGACCUCCUGAAAGAACGACGGACCAACAAGCUGGUUAAAAAGUAUGCAAUUAAAAAUCCACCACAGAUAAAUGUUAACAUAUUUAGAGGUAAUCUUCAAAGAAAUAACUCAGGAGUAAAUUUAGAAGAUGAAAGAUUGGCCAGAAAACGUGAAUACUGGCGAUUAAAAAAGAGAGAGCAGAGAGCAAAGCGUGCAGUUCGAGAGAAGAGAUUCAUGCAGUCCAGACAGACUUUAAAGAUGACCAGAUCUUCAAGUACAAUAUCAGAUAUUACUGUGGGACUUUUACCAGCUGCAGUUGUAAUUGAUGGAACAUUAAUGAGCCUUUUAGAUCAGAAUAAACCUAAUGCAAAAAACAAGUCUAUCACAGAACAGAAAAUAAUACCCAGUAAUCUGAUUGAAUCAAAGGAAUCCAGUGAUGUUUGUUUUGUAAAGGAGUUUAAGACACCAUUGUCUCAUUCAACUGAUCUUGCAUCCUCAGUGCAUGUUAACAAAGCAACAGUUCGCAGUAAUGUGGUGGUCCCUUCAUCAGAGAACUCUGCACUUGUGCUUGUGGAAAGUGAAAAUCCAACAGAUGUUAAUGUUUCAAGUGAUGGAAUCCCACAGAUUCGGCGAUGGAGGCUUAAGGCACAAAACAUCAAUGAAAAAGGCAUUCUUACUCGACAGAGAGAGGGCCAAAAAGGCAGACUGUUGCAGCAGCAACAGAGUCAAGAGCUUUCUCAGUGGAGGAUAACACGGCACAACUUGAAUAAAAGAUAUUUCUGUCGGCAGCCAAGAAUGGUUAGGGCUGGCAGCACAACAAUUCAGAUUGAUGAGACUACAAGAUUACGUCGACGGGAGUAUUGGAGGGUAAAAAAGAGAGAACAGAGAGCCAAAAAGGCUGCUCUAGAGAGAGAGAUGAGGACAUUUGAAAAUUCUAGAAAGAUGGAGACCAGUAUCCAGGACCAGGAUGUGAACCUGUACAAGAUGGGAAUAGAAUGCACUCCAGUGGAAAUUGGAAAAAAGCAUGGCAAAUAUCGUAAAGGUCUGAAGAACACUGAAAACAGUGCGGAAGGUUUACAGAUUCCUUCUCCUGUAGCAGCACUGAAUAUUUCAAACUUUGAAGAAGCUGAAUGGGAAGCAGUUAGUAGUUUGAGUUCACUUAAUGAAAAUAUUAAAAAUGCCCAUCUAAAUGACACUGGUGAGCUGGGGUUCCCUGAGAAAUUACAGAUUGAAAUUAGAAAAAUCUGUGAGACUGCUAAUGAGAUAAGUUCUGCCAACUAUGCAACUCUUCCACAAAUGUAUCCAGAAAACGAAACAGAGAAACCAAAAGUGGUACAUUUUGGCAUUCAGUCAUCGCAGAAAAACCUGUUACCUUGUGGAAUGCCUGUUGAAAACAGAACUUUGUUAGUAGAAAAUAAAAAUGCUGUCCUGGGUGAUAAAUCAAGUUCUCAAGCUGUUCAAAAAUGGUGUGUUGGAGUAGACGAAACUGAAAAGCAUACUGUUGAAUCAAAAAAUAAAGAUGAUGCCCCAGUUACAUUUUAUCAUCAAGAUGGAAAACGUGAGGAAAAUAUACACUUUUAUCAAGGUUCUCACUGGCAAACACAAAAAAUACAGCAAAGUAAGCAAUCCAAUAUCCGACCUAAUAUACCAAGUGGAACUUCCAAAUUAUCAAGGCAACUUGAUGAGGCUACAUUACUGCGACGACGAGAGUAUUGGAGAAUCAAGAAGCAAGAACAAAGAGCCAAAGUAUCCGCAAAAAUGCGAGAACUGAAGAAGCAAACUGAUGGCGGAGCAGAGAUAUGGAGUAAUGCCCUGUCAGCCUCAUAUGUCCAGCAUAUAAAGGGUGAAGAUCAAUGGCAAAUACAUAAACCUAAACACAGCAGCAUGACACACAGCACCCAUAUAGAAGAUGUAGACCAAGAUCUUAAAAUGGAAGCACGUAAUGACAUUAUAUCUCUGAGACUGGAAGGUAGGAUAUAAAGGAAUU